AUGCCCACGCUCGGCUUGCCAUCCCCUUCCCUGUCGCGGUCCAUGUCACCAUCUCCUUCACCGACCGUAGGAUCGAGCAAUGGCGACCUGACCGAGGUCGCACGGCUCAGCAGCCAGCUGCCCCCUUACCACCCGAGCCACUCGAGCCUCUCGAAUGUGCUGACCGUGGCGGAACAGCUCCAAAACGUCAGCAUCCACGGCCAAGGACUCGAAAAGCUCGGCCAGAGUUCCAAGUCGCCUCGAAACACAGCGUCGCCCAUGCCCGCUAUCGAGCUGUCGCCCGAGCGCAAGACUACUCAGCUUCCGACCACGUCUGCCCGUCGCUUCCCCGAAGAAGAAGACGAAGAUCUUCUCCGUGAGACCGACGAUCGUUUUGUCCUGUUUCCCAUCAAAUACAACGAGCAGGCUCAGUCGGCGUUCUGGACGGCCGAGGAGCUGGACCUUGGUAACGACCUGUACGACUGGGACACCAAACUCAACGAUGACGAGCGCUUCUUCAUCCUUCGCAUUCUCGCAUUCUUUGCCAGCUCAGACGGCAUCGUGGGAGAGAACCUCAUCUCGAUGUUCUCAAUGGAGGUCCAGGUCGCCGAGGCUCGUGCCUUUUACGCUUUCCAGACCAUGAUUGAGCAGGUCCACGCCGAGACUUACAGUCUUCUCAUUGAGACCUAUGUGCAGGACAAGGAAGAGAAGGAUUUCCUGUUCAAGGGCAUGGAGAAGAUUCCUGCCAUCAGGAAAAAGGCGGACUGGGCGCUCAAGUAUAUCACGCCCGACAUGCCCUUCCGCACACGCCUCAUUGCUUUCGCUUGUGUCGAGGGCAUCUUCUUCUCGGGCUCGUUUGCGGCCAUUUUCUGGCUCAAGAAACGCGGUCUCAUGCGCGGAUUGACAUUCUCAAACGAGCUCAUCUCGCGCGAUGAGGGUACCCACACCGACUUUGCGUGCUUGCUAUACAACCACCUCACGCACCGCUGCUCCGAGGAGGAGGUUCACACAAUUAUCAGCGAGGCCGUGGCCAUUGAGAAGGAGUUCCUCACCGAUGCUCUGCCAUGUGCGCUUAUCGGUAUCAAUGCGGAUUACAUGGAAUUUGUGGCAGACCGUCUGGUGGUUGCUCUCGGCUACGGAAAGAUCUACCACGCCACCAACCCGUUCGAAUGGAUGGAGCUCAUCUCGCUGCAAGGCAAGACCAACUUCUUCGAGUCGCGUGUCAGCGCGUACCAGCUGGCCAACAUGUCGCGCUCGGCAACACCCCACCACCGUCGGUCAGGCUCGUCUGGCGACGACGGCAAGAUUACGAAGAAGAUCUUCCGCACUGAUGCUUACUUUUAA